AUGACGAGUGAGAGAGCCACGCUCAGUAUCACAACAAGCAAACGAACAACAAUGGAGGAACUAACAAGUCAAAAUCUAACAAGCAACGGACUUAACAUGACGAGCCAAAGGACCACCAUCAUUGGAACAACAAGCGAACGAACAACAACCUAUGGCACAGCUAUUGGGAAACUAACAAGCCAAACACCAACAAGCAACGGACUACGCGACUGUAGUGGUGUUACUGUUGGAAGCUCUAGUGGUGUUUACACAAUAUAUGUUGACAAUCAACCUCUAGAUGUAUACUGCGAAAUGACAGGUUCUGGUCAAUGGACGGUGUUUCAAAGAAGAAUAGAUGGUUCAACAGAUUUUUACAGGACUUGGCAGGAAUAUAAACAGGGAUUUGGGAGUUUGAAUUCGGAAUAUUGGUUGGGGAAUGACAAUUUACAUAAGAUCAUAUGUACAGGGAACUACAAACUACGAGUGGAUCUAGAAGACUGGAACGGUGAGACGCAGUAUGCUGAAUACGAUACGUUUGUUGUAGGCAAUGAAGCUACAAACUACGUUCUCACUAUUGAAAAUUACAAUGGAACUGCUGGAGAUAGCCUUACUGCACCAUCUGCAGUAUAUCAACCAAAUGGAUAUGGGUUCACAACAUGGGAUCAGGACAAUGAUGGAUCCCCCUAUAUAAAUUGUGCAGAGACAGAACACGCUGGCUGGUGGUUUAAUUGGUGUACUGAAGGCAACCUAAAUGGGAAGUAUUACAACGGUGGAGUGCUUGCGAAUGACGGGAUAUACUGGGAAGCUUGGAAACUGUCACAAUAUUCUCUCAGAAGUGUAUCGAUGAAAAUAAAACAAGUUUAA